UCUUCUCAUAACCUGGCGGGAAAACCUCUAAAAUGAAUAAAACGCGCCAUUUUCAUUAAAUACGGCAGAAAAAGACGCCGUUUCAUAUUCAACAUAUACAUUAAAAAGAUAAUUUCAGUCAAUCAUCGAAAAAACACAGAAGAAAAAAAUGGAAAACACAAAGAAAACACCACCGGUGCCAAGAGUCGGAGUAGUAGUCUUCUUACUAAAAGGAAAAUCAGUACUAUUAGGCCGCCGCCGCUCUCCUCCCGGCGAGUCCACCUACGCCCUUCCCGGCGGCCACCUCGAAUUCGGAGAGAAUUUUGAGGAGUGUGGAGCGAGGGAGAUGAAGGAAGAGACGGGAUUGGAUAUUACUAAAAUAGAGUUUCUGACGGUUACUAAUAAUUUGUUUCUUGAUCAGCCAAUCCCGUCUCAUUAUGUAACUGUUAAUCUGAGAGCUGUUUUAGCUGAUUCUGACCAAGUUCCUGAAAAUCUUGAGCCGGAUAAGUGUUAUGGUUGGGAUUGGUUUGAUUGGGAUGAUCUGCCCAGUCCUUUGUUUAAGCCCUUGGAUUUAAUGGCUAAAUCUGGAUUUAAUCCUUUUCCUACUGCUUAGUAAAAAAUAUUGUUACUGAUAUUUGGGUUUUAAAUUAAUUGAUGUAUUGUUCUGUAUUUGAAUGGUGAAUUUAUGAUUAUUAUAUGCAAAAAUUGUUUUUUGUUA